CACAAGAUUUUUCACAAACUUACCUUUGUUUAUUAAUUCAAGGUACAGUUGAUGUGCUUUUGCAUUCACUUUUGAUAAUUCACGCGCAUGCCAGUUAUAACAAAGGUCAAUGCGCAGUCGAAAAACAUUGCGCAUUUCGUUUUCUUGACUAACCUUACAGAGUUGGGUUGAGUGUCGAUCGACCACCAGCGAACGCUCGCAGCAGCCGCCAGCCCGUGCUAGAGGGCGAAAGCCUCUCCAAUCCUUGUGCUGUUUUUGGUGCCUAGUGGGUGUAAAGUGUCAACAACCCCUUUUUGUUGUGCCGUGCUAGAAUAAACCCACAAGAUGCCUGCCCCCGCGCCGCCCGCCGAGCCGAAUGGCGCGCCGCGCAGCGAGCUCGAGCAGCUCCAAAUGCGACAGGGACAAGUCACCGAUGAGUCAUUGGAGUCCACCCGGCGUAUGAUGCAACUAUGCGAGGAGAGUCACGAGGUGGGCAUGAAAACCCUGGUCAUGCUGGAUGAACAGGGCGAGCAAUUGGACAGGGUCGAGGAAGGCAUGGACCAGAUCAACGCGGACAUGCGCGAGGCGGAGAAGAAUCUGUCGGGCAUGGAGAAGUGCUGCGGGAUCUGCGUGCUGCCCUGCAACAAGGGAGCGUCGUUCAAGGAGGACGACGGGACGUGGAAAGGCAACGACGACGGGAAGGUGGUGAACAACCAGCCGCAGCGGGUCAUGGACGAGCGCAACGGCAUAGGCCCGCAGGCCGGCUACAUAGGCAGGAUAACAAACGACGCCCGAGAAGACGAGAUGGAAGAGAACAUGGGCCAGGUGAACACCAUGAUCGGCAACCUCCGCAACAUGGCGCUGGACAUGGGCUCCGAGCUGGAGAACCAGAACCGCCAGAUCGACCGCAUCAACCGCAAGGGCGAAUCGAACGAAACGAGGAUAACGCUGGCCAACCAGCGGGCGCACGAGCUCCUCAAGUAGACGGCGGCGGCACACCACACAACACACACGCGUCUCGUGGUCGCGGACUAG